AUGGCGCCGAGCCAAGAUAAAAAGCUGAAAAAAUCAACUUGCAAAUAUAACCUUGAUCUCACCCAUCCAGUAGAAGAUGGAAUAUUUGAUUCAGGGAAUUUUGAGCAGUUCCUGAAGGAAAAAGUUAAAGUGAAUGGAAAAACAGGAAACCUGGGAAAUGUAGUUCACAUUGAACGCUUUAAGAACAAGAUCACUGUGACAUCUGAGAGGCAGUUGUCGAAAAGGUACCUGAAGUAUCUCACUAAGAAGUACCUCAAGAAGAAUAAUCUACGUGACUGGCUGCGUGUGGUUGCAUCUGACAAGGAGACCUACGAACUGCGAUAUUUCCAGAUCAGUCAUGAUGAUGAAGAGUCCGAAGCUGAGGAAUGAGCAAUG